AAACUUUACUACUGAGCAUGUGCAAACUUUAUCAACAAUUCAACACAGUACACAUUGGACUAUAUUGACAAAACAGGCAGACUGAAGGCUUCCAUACUAGUCACACAGGACAACGGGUUAAACCAGAACUUAAACAAUGUCAGAAAGUGGAGAAAAAAGCCCCAGGAAAUCCCCAAGAAGGAGCAGUAAUAAAAUAUACAGAACACCUAGGACUCCACCCCCAGAGAACCUUUUAGAAAAAGAAAGGGGGUUUACAUUAGAUCAAAAUGCAGUGAGCUCAAUUUCUGUGGACUACUCAAAGGCUAACCCUAAACUAGGACCAGUUGUACCACCUUUCAACUCUCAAAAUGACAAACACACAAAGCCAUAUUUUAAUUAUUCAGGUGUUGAUACGACAUUAAAAAAGACAGGACAGGCUGGGGAGACAGGCUGCUCUAUAGAAGGUAAAACCAUGGACAAAUUCCACGAAGCUGGUGCUGGCCACGAAUAUCUUUCCCUUAGAAACCAAUUUGGUGCAGGUCAUUCUAGAGAAUUGGUUGAUGGGCACGCCCAGUUUAUGCAAGGUAUUAAACCAAUUACUGGAUACAAUGGCAAUUUCGGAUACAGGAGAAACACCCCUUGGCUAAGACAACAACCUUCACCAUUUGGAACAGGCAGCAAAUCUGCAACGCAUUGAUGUAGCUUUGGACUAGAUACUUGCUGUGUCUUAAACACAGAUAAGCUUUGUCAUAAUGUUGUUAAAUGUCAUUUUAUACUGUCACCAAAUCAUCUGAGACUACAAGUGGGAGAGACACGAAUAGCGAAUACUGAAAUAUUUUAAGUGAAUGGAUCUAAAAUGUAGCAGUCUGUUACAAAAUCAUAAUAAAAUGCUCUAUGGUGUAGUACAGUUAAUCCUGUCUAGUGGAACACUCUCAGUUAAUCCUGUCUAGUGUAACACUCUUGUUUCCACUAAAAGGUGUUCCAUAUAGGAGAGGUUCUUCUGUUAACAUGACGUCAAUGGGCUAUGGGAUUGUGAAAAGUGUUCCACUUAAAGAGCAAUUCCACAUGACAGGUUUUACUGGAUCUAAUGCCUCAGUCACAUUUGAUCUA